AUGGGGCUCCUCUACCCCGCCGACUGCAAGAAGUCCCGCGACAACUUCGUCAGCAACUGCCGCCCCACCUGGGUGAAGCACUUCGACCGGCAGUACUGCGCCAAGAAGCGGGUGCAGAGGCUGCUCGACGGCGAUGAGGACCGCCGGGGCCCCAUCUCGCUACCCCAGCCCUACACCUUCAAGCAAUAG